AAACGGGUUAUUUCCUGGCCACCGUGGCCAACUUUUGUUAGAGGGUGGAGUUCAAUCAGUCGAAGACAUCACUGCAGCAAAUUAAGAAUCGCUGUUAUCGUGCUGCUCCCAAAAUUCACCAUGUCCACUGCCUUCAGGUCCUGUUUUGUGCUCAGCGGCUUCAUAUUGGCGUACUUCACUUAUUUGUUAUUGGGAGCGCUUGUUUUCUCUGCUAUCGAGCGGCCCGUGGAAGAGACCCUGAAAUCAAACCUGGACUCCCUGAAAGCUGAGUUCCUCAACCUGAGCUGCAUCAACGCCACGGCUCUUGAAGCGUUCUUGGAAAAAGUUUUAAAAGCGAAUAAAUACGGCGUGUCGGUUCUUGAAAAUGGCACACUCCAUACAAACUGGGACUUGGCGUCUUCGCUCUUUUUUGCAAACACUAUGGUGACGACAGUGGGAUACGGCCACACUACACCGCUCUCAGAUGGGGGUAAAGCCUUCUCCAUCGUGUAUGCUUUAAUCGGAGUACCCUUCACCAUGCUAGUGCUCACCGCCUGCGUCCAGCGCCUCAUGCACCCACUGACCUAUGGGCCGAUCUCCAUGUGCCAGCGGAGGGCAGGCCUGCAGCCACGUGCCGCCAGCGUGGUGCACUUUAUCGUACUGCUGGUCCUGGUGGUGCUCUUCUUCUUUGUGGUGCCUGCGUUGGUGUUCAGCACCAUAGAAGAGACCUGGUCUUUCUUAGACUCCUUCUACUUUUGUUUUAUAUCCCUCUGCACUAUAGGACUGGGGGACUUUGUGCCAGCGGAAAAGCCCGGACAGAGACUCAGAGCUUUGUACAAGAUAUCAGUCAUGGUCUACCUGUUUGUGGGUUUGAUGGUCAUGUUCCUGGUCCUUCGUACUUUCCACAAGCUUGCAGAUGUGCACGGCUGGACUGCUUUCUUCCAGCUGCCAAGCUACGAGGAGGAACAUGAGGAUAAAGAGCCAAUAGUAGAACGAGAGCCUGAUGAUGAAUCACCUGAGGCUGAGAAGGCCUCUAUUAAGCCUCAGAAUCCCAGCUCUCAAGUGUCCUACAACUCCAUCAAUAGAUAAAACACCAGAUCUCUCCACAUUUAGAUAAGGCCACUUAUUUUCAAAGUGUCCUGAGCUUGUAAAUUGUCUGGACAUGUAACACCAACACGUUGCAGUUUAACACCUCAAAGGUCAAGACAAUGAAGUAUGAACAUGUGCAAUACAGUACACUGCUGCAGAUGUUUAGUAAAAAUGAA